CAAGAGCACUGAUAGCUUACUCCAGCGUUUUUUUUUAUUUUUGUUUCGCAAGAACCAGCGCUGUUCAUAUUUUGUAUACUGUAUAGAACAUUCAGACCCACCUGAAUAUGGAUAACAUAGCACUUGACGACCAAGCAACUGUAAGGGACAAUGACGUGCCUAACUCGAAGUAUGCAGAUGAAGCAGAGAAUACGCAGUCAAAUUUUACUAUCAUGAAAAAUGUCGUGGUUGUUAGCUUCGCAUUUCUUUUGCUUUUUACUUCAUUUCAAUCACUGCAGAACCUGCAAAGCAGUCUGAAUAAAGACGCGAAUCUUGGUUUAAUCUCGCUGAUUGUCAUAUAUGCCAGCCUUAUCGUCUCGUGUAUGUUCAUACCGCCUGCUGUGAUUGGUCGUAUUGGAUGCAAAUGGACGCUGGCUGCUUCUAUGGCUUGUUAUGCCGCAUUCAUUGCCGCGAAUUAUUAUCCACGAUGGUACACGCUGGGAUUUACUUCUGUACUUCUUGGUUUCGGUGCUGCUCCGCUGUGGUCAUCAAAGUGUGCCUACCUCACAACAACGGCCAUGGCAUAUGCAAAAAACAACAAUCAAGACCAAGAUACAGUAAUAACUCGAUUCUUUGGGAUAUUUUUCAUGAUAUUUCAAUCCGCUCAAGUUUGGGGAAACUUGAUUUCGUCAGCUGUAUUGCAGCGAUCUGAAAAAUCAUCGGUAAAUUCUACAAAUUCCUCUGGAUAUGACGUUAGAGAAUUGUGUGGUGCCAAUGAUUGUGGCGCAGACUUGUCCCAAAAUAGUUCAUCCGUCCUAUUAGUGCCUGACCAUUCCACAGUCGUGAUGUUGGUGAGCAUAUACCUCGUAUGUGGCGCUCUGUCAAUUGUGGUCGUACUUCUAUUACUUGACAAGCUACAUGAUGAGGAUAAAAAAGAACGACCGCCAAUGUUUCGUUUGUUUUUUGCCACAUUACGUCAUCUCAAAGAUUAUCGGAUGAUUCUUAUCAUUCCUCUUACAAUGUACAGUGGCCUGGAACAGGGCUUUGUUUUCGCAGAUUUUACGAAGUCAUUUGUCACAUGCAUCUUUGGAAUUGAUAAAGUUGGUUAUGUUAUGAUAUGUUUUGGCAUUGGUGACUCAUUGUUCUCAUACCUGCUUGGCAAGUUGGUAAAAUACGUUGGACGAAUACCGAUAUUUAUCUCUGGCGCAGUCAUACACCUUGUUGUUUUCAUUGUUCUGCUAACCUGGAAACCUGACCAGGACAUGAUUUCUGUCGUGUUCCUUAUGGCUGCGCUCUGGGGUUAUACUGACGCCGUCUGGCAGACGCAAAUUAAUGCGUUGUACGGAGUUUUGUUUCAUGAUAAUCAGGAAGCAGCGUUCUCUAAUUAUCGUCUUUGGGAAUCGCUUGGUUUCGUCAUCAGCUUUGCCUUGAGCAGUUUUAUAUGUGUCAGGGUUAAAAUAUACAUCCUCAUUGCAGUUCUUGUGAUUGGAAUGAUAUUGUACGCAGCUGUGGAAGUCAUGUAUAGACAGUCCUCUAAAAAUUUCAAUCCUAAGCAUAACGAGUAAAAAACUGAAGUAGAGUAUUUUCUUCAUAAUUUGUUUAAAAACAGCUAAUUUAAAACAGACAAUAGUAAACACCAGUUGGUAGUACUAGAGAAUAUUAGAAAACUUGUAUGAUUCCUUUCUUUACUAUCAACGUUAUAUUAUAUGCUAUAUGAACUAU